CAAACAUGGCUGCCUACUUGAGUCGGCUGCACCAUAUUUCAUUGCACGUCUCUAACGUGGACAAACUGGCUCAGGACCUCGUGUCUAAGUUCCAGUUCAGGGUGUUUGCUGCCAGACUGGCGGCCGGAGCUCGGCAGCUCGCUUUCCGUAAAGGCGGCGCGGUGUUUGUGGUGAAUGAGAGAGCGGCACGUGUCACUGACGUGCUGUACGACGUGCACCCGCACUACUCAGUGGACACCGCGUGCAAUGUGUGUUUCGAGGUCGAGGACGUGGAGAGGACGUCGGAGUCGCUGCGGUCACGAGGCUGCGACCUGCUCGUGCCGCCGACGUGCGUCGGGGACGACGGUGGUCACGUGACCUACUCGGUCGUCAAGUCCAUCGUGGGUAACGUGUGUCACACGCUCGUGGACACGAGUCGCUACCGAGGGCCCUUUCUGCCCGGAUUCUGUCAGGUCGGCACCGGGGAGGACGAGGAGGACACGCGGUGUCACGUGACGCAUUUUGAUCACGUGACCUACGCGUGCACGAGACGCAGCACGACUGAGGUGAUGCGCUGGUACGAGAAGAACUUCGGGUUCCAGAGGUUCUUCAUCUCCAGCGACGAGAACGCAGAGGAAGGCUACGUGUUGGAUCAGGACGGAAUCGGUCUGCGCUUGACCGCUAUGGAGUACUGGAAGUGCAGCGAGGCGGAAAUCAAGUUCCCUUUUAAAGACCGGAAAGAGCCGGACUGCAAGUUCGUCAUCGCCGAAUCUCUGCCUGAGCAGAGUCGGAAUCAGGUGGACACGUUUCUGGAGCAUCACAGAGGUCCAGGUAUCCAGCACAUCGGCCUGUUCACGCAGGACAUCGUGUCCACGGCACACACCAUGGCCAACGCCUCUGUUCAGUUCUUCUCUCCUCCUGCAGCCUACUACAGCGAGGUGGGGAAGCAGCAGGAGAUCGAGGAGGCAGGUCAUGAUCCAAAAGCUCUGAUGCAGCACGGCAUCCUGUUGGAUACAGACCUGCAGGGGAACGACGAGGAUCCGAGCGCAUGCAGUAAACGGUACCUGCUGCAGGUGUUCACCAAGCCCAUCUUCUCCGAGGACACGCUCUUCCUGGAGCUGAUCGAGCGGCGUGGAGCCACUGGGUUCGGAGAGGGGAACAUCCGAGCUUUAUGGAAAUCCGUUCAGUCUUACAUGGAGAAGAAGGAGGACUCAAUAGUACAGACUACGAAAAGCAAGCAAACCGGACAGCACUGAUGUCUGACCACAGUGUGAAAAUGAUGUCAGAUUAAUGAAAUCUAUUUAUUUAUGCUCUUUACAACGCUGCCACUUCACACUCCUGUAAAAAUAUCUUUUAACAUCUGUGAUGUUAAGCUCAGUUUAAACACUUCUCAGACUGAAAUGUAUUUAAUUACAUGAAAAGGUGCUUCAACACUGAUUAGUGUUUGUGUUUGUGUGUGUGUGUGUGUGUGUGUGUGUGUGCGCUUAGUCAAUGGUGGAAAAAUGCCACCUAUCAGGUAAAAAAACAGGAGGUCUAUCGCUGUAUUACAAUCUAAUGUAGUGGAUGUAAUUAAUGGAUGUAAGUUUCACUGAAUUCUGAAUUGUGAUGCAGAAGGUAUUGAUUAGUUUUCUAUAACUCUGCACUCUAACCCCAACCUCCUCAGUUGGGGUAUGUGAAGAAAAGAAUUCCACUGUGCUGUAAUGUAUAUGUGGCGAUAAUAAAGGAUUCUAUGCCCUA